AUGUUAGAAUCAAACGAAGCAUCAAUUUACUACAACUCAAGUCUUCGAUUCGACAUUUCAACCCAGUUAAAAUCAUAUUUAGAAGAGAAAUUAAACAAAGAAUUAAGUGAUGUUGAAUUAAGUGAAUUAAUUUCAAAUCUUGUAUUAGCUGUGUUUUCUGAAAACAAAAAGAACAGAUUAAAUUUUCCUUCUAAUAUGGUGAACGGUUUCUGGAUGUGGAAAAUAAAGCUGCUUAUAAGAAAUUUCUCCCCAUUUGAUGACGAACAGGUGGUUGAUGAAUGUAAUUUAACAAUUGAAGACAAUGGUAUCUAUAGUGUGUGGAAUUAUAAACACAAACCAAUCAAUCACUUGAAUCAAAUCGAAAUCACUAGAAAAUGUAUAAGUGAAUUGGCUUAUUUCAUUGAAAGGUUCAUAAAUGAUGACUAUACAAAUCAAAUUAUAUUUAUUAAUCAUUUACAGGAACAAUGGGUUAAAUCAUCUAAACAGGAAAAAAAGCAAAUAAAAUCGAAGCUCGUUGAAGACUUCAUUGAUUUUAUUAUUAUGCUUGAAAAAAUGCCAAACACUGGAUUAAGAGAUAUAAUUAACAAUGCACAACAUAAUAGAAUCUCCGUAAUGGAGAUGAUUACUAUCUUGCAAACGAUAAUAUAUUUGAUAGACUAUCAAAUUAAAAUCUAA